AUCGCCUCGCUACUUCGGACUGCUGACUCUCGCGAGAAGGAGCUUAGGAGCCGGCCUGCAACCUGCGGGCGGCACGGGGAGCCGCUGCCGCGUGAGUGGCGGCCAGCAGUCACCUCCGAAGGGAACCAGUGGGCAGGAGCGGAGGUGUCGCUGGCACUGGCCACUGCAUAGAUCUUCGGUGACCAUUCAACGGGCAUUACAGGUUAUGGGUGCUACAUGUCUGCUUUCAGAGCAGUAGUGUGAGGAAGCUUGAAGUGGGAUGGCAGGACGACCUCAUCUUUAUGACAGUAACUCCAGUGAUCCAGAGAAUUGGGAUCGGAAAUUGCAUAGUAGACCUCGUAAACUUUAUAAACAUUCAAGCACUCCCUCACGUGUUGCUAAAGGAGCUGUUGACCACACCAAAAUGAGUCUCCAUGGUGCUUGUGGAGGACAUGAACGAUCAAGAGAUAGACGAAGAUCAAGUGACCGAUCACGGGAUUCAUCACAUGAAAGAACAGAAUCUCAACUAACUCCUUGCAUUAGAAAUGUUACUUCUCCAACACGACAGCAUCAUAUUGAACGAGAAAAAGAUCAUAGUUCCUCUCGCCCAAGUAGUCCUCGUCCUCAAAAAGCAUCUCCAAAUGGUUCCAGUAGCAGUGCCGGGAACAGUAGCAGAAAUAGUAGUCAGUCAAGUUCCGAUGGUAGCUGUAAAACUUCUGGGGAGAUGGUAUUUGUAUAUGAAAAUGCAAAAGAAGGUGCUCGUAAUUUAAGAACAUCAGAACGAGUGACGCUAAUAGUAGAUAACACUAGAUUUGUUGUAGACCCAUCCAUUUUUACUGCACAGCCAAAUACAAUGUUGGGCAGGAUGUUUGGAUCUGGCAGAGAACAUAACUUUACACGACCCAAUGAGAAAGGAGAGUAUGAGGUGGCAGAGGGAAUUGGCUCCACUGUAUUCCGAGCUAUUUUGGAUUACUAUAAAACAGGAAUAAUCCGUUGUCCUGAUGGCAUAUCUAUUCCUGAGCUGAGAGAAGCAUGCGACUACCUUUGUAUCUCUUUUGAAUAUAGUACUAUUAAAUGUAGAGAUCUCAGUGCUCUUAUGCAUGAGUUAUCAAAUGAUGGUGCUCGUAGACAGUUUGAAUUUUACCUUGAAGAAAUGAUCUUACCGCUUAUGGUAGCUAGUGCCCAGAGUGGGGAACGAGAAUGCCACAUAGUGGUGCUUACAGAUGAUGAUGUGGUUGAUUGGGAUGAAGAGUAUCCACCACAGAUGGGAGAAGAGUAUUCACAAAUUAUUUAUAGCACAAAAUUAUAUAGAUUUUUCAAGUACAUUGAAAACAGAGAUGUGGCCAAAUCAGUUUUGAAGGAAAGGGGUCUUAAGAAGAUUAGAUUGGGCAUAGAAGGUUAUCCUACCUACAAAGAAAAAGUGAAGAAAAGGCCUGGGGGCCGCCCCGAAGUGAUUUACAACUAUGUCCAAAGACCUUUCAUUCGGAUGUCCUGGGAGAAGGAAGAAGGAAAGAGUCGGCAUGUAGACUUUCAGUGUGUAAAGAGUAAAUCUAUUACCAACCUGGCAGCAGCUGCUGCAGACAUUCCCCAGGACCAGCUGGUAGUUAUGCACCCAACUCCGCAAGUGGAUGAGCUGGAUAUUCUCCCUAUUCAUCCUCCUUCAGGCAACAAUGACCUCGAUCCUGACGCACAGAAUCCGAUGCUGUGAUGAUCUUCCUUGAAACCAUAGCAUGCUACUAUUCACGGUGACAUUGCACUCUCCUCAUUCUGCACUGCAAGACCACUAUCUUCAUUGUGAGAUGCACAUAACAAUGUUUAGGAUACUGCAGUGUAGGCUUUUUUUUAAAGACCAAAGGUAGCUGAAUGGUUUUUUAAAUGAGUACAACUCUUAGCAUCCUGAGGUUCAGUUAUAUAAAUGUAUUUGUUUACCAGUUGGUUUGUGAAAUUGAUUAUUUGUAUGGGGGACAGUCCUUUUUCACAUAUCUAGACCUUUUCAGAACUUGUGGAAAUUGGCAGCUGGGGUACUUUCAGUUUAGGUUGAUACUUGUCAAACCCCGGACAAAAUGCAGAUUAUUAUAUAGUUGCACUUUAUAAAUGGUGGUUAAAUGGAACUGUUUAAGCCAUUUUUAUAGUUGUGAUGCACAAUAUAACUUAAGUGCUUCUAUCAAAGUAUUCCUUCAGUAAAAAGUAUAUAAUUUGCUGCCCAUGGUGAUCUAGAAAUGAGUAUCAUUGGGCUUAUUUGAAUUAAGAUAUGGGCAUUGAAUUUCAUCCUAAUAUGUUAUCGCCAGUGCCGUUUCACCCUUUUUGAGUGAGUCACUCUUUUAGAGUGAGUCACGUGCAGGGAAUAUGAAUAUCACAUCAGAGGUGGUUUAUUAUCCAGUCUGCCUUACCCUUAAUCUGUUCACAGAUAUUUAUUUACUAAUGGUUUUUUGUCUUAAGAGUUAUGGGAUAGGAAAAUGAAGUGUUUGCUCUUCAUUUACUAAAUGAUUGUAAACUCAAGUUUUUCAUCAAAUAAAAUUCCAUUGUUGUAA